AUGGCCGCGGCUCCGGAGGAGGAUGUGGACCGCAGACCGAUCCGGAGGGUCCGGUCCAAGAGUGACACGCCUUAUAUCAACGAGGCAAGGAUCUCCCUGCACCUGGAGACAGCUGAAGAAGUGGAGCGGCUCGCAGCGAUGCGCUCCGAUUCUCUGGUACCAGGGACACACACCCCGCCCAUUCGACGGAGAAGCAAAUUUGCCAACUUGGGAAGACUUUUUAAACCCUGGAAAUGGAGAAAGAAGAAGAGUGAGAAGUUUAAGCAGACUUCUGCAGUAUUGGAAAGAAAGAUGUCCACUCGCCAAAGUAGAGAGGAGCUCAUUAAGAAGGGAGUUCUUAAGGAGGUCCAAGAGAAAGAUGCCUCUUCUCCCCUAGAGGAGGUUAAGAUGGAGAAUGGCCAGUCAGCAGGGGAUGCUUCGGAGGGCAGUGAGUUGAUGGAGGGAGCUACUGCAGCUGUCGGCUCAUUGGAGUUUCCGAUACCCAGUGAAGGUGCAUGUCAACAGGACCAAGCUCAGAAAUCUAGCCAAGCUCCACCCACAAAGAAACCCACUGUGUACGCUGUGGAAAGCAAUGAAUCGUCCCUUUCCAGACCACCAGUGCUUCACAAACAACCUCCAGCAUUGCCACCUAAACCCUUCACCAGACUACCUAACCAUAUCGCAGAUGGGACUCCUGUGAAGUUGCCAUGUAUGUCGGUGAAGCUGUCUCCACCUCUACCUCCAAAGAAGCUCCUGAUCUCUGUCCCAACAGGGAGCAUGGAGCCCACAUCAAUUACCUUCCAGAAGUGCCCUGCCCCUCCCAGCCAUGCCCCGGGGGGCGGACACUCUCUUCAGUAUGGGACACUGCCCGUUCCCCUUCACCCUCCAAGUAGAAUCAUCGAGGAGCUCAACAAGACUCUAGCCCUUACCAUGCAGAGGUUUGAGAGCUCCAUGAUGCAUGCUGUUCCUACGGUCAUGAUCAAGUGUGAUGAUGACAAAGAGAACCUCCCCAUUGAAGCAGAGUAUGAGGACUUACCCGAUAUGUACAAGGACGAUGAGGAAGAGGAGGAGGAAGACGAAGAAGAGGAAGAUGAAGAUGAGGAAGACGAGGAGGAAGAUGAUGAUGAAUCACUGUUUACAAGCACACUGGCCAUGAAGGUGCUACAGAGGGACUCUUUGGCCAUUAAGAUCAGCAACCGUCCUUCAAAGAGAGAGCUAGAGGAGAAGAACAUCCUGCCCAUGCAGUCAGAUCAGGAGAGACUCGAAUUCCGUCAGCAAACUGCCACCAAACUCACCAGACGUUUGAGUCAACGGCCGACAGCAGAAGAGCUUGAGCAAAGGAAUAUUCUUAAACCUCGAAAUGGUUUGGAGGAACAAGAGGAGAAGAGGGAGAUUAAAAGGCACCUAUCCCGAAAGCUCAGCCAAAGGCCUACCGUAGAGGAGCUGAGGGAAGCAAAGAUUUUGAUUCGCUUCAGUGAUUAUGUGGAGGUUGCUGAAGCUCAAGAUUACGACAGGAGGGCCGACAAGCCAUGGACAAGACUAACAGCUGCUGACAAGGCUGCCAUUAGGAAGGAGCUGAAUGAGUUUAAAAGCACAGAGAUGGAAGUGCACGAGUCCAGCCGCCACUUUACCAGGUUUCAUCGGCCAUAAACUGUGUGAGGCUUCAGCAGGGUUCCUGUCCUUCCACACAUGCCUCAGUUGUUGCCCUUGAACUGUGAACGGCUUCUCCUCUGGCACUGAAGUCAGACUGAAGGACAGGUGUGGACACUUGGAG